CGUUUCGUGCGGCUUGUCCCUCGUCUCUUGCCGUCCGUUUGCGUUGGAGGCUUCUGUGUAAUCUUCGUGUUGAAAUUGCCUUUGUUAUGAUAUUUAUUAUCCAACUUGGGAUUAUAUCUCGUUCUCCUCAGAUGAAGCUCCAUGCCAACAGCACCGUUUGACCACAAGUAUGGUGAAGGAGUCAUCCUUAUGGCACUGCCCCUUAGCAUCACAUGCAUCCAGGAGGCCCCAUGCCUAGAAUCAACAAGACAGUUGUGCUGGCAUUGCUCAUCGCAACCAGUUCCAUAUUCCUCUUGUUUCAGCUGUACUACUACAGGCAGUAUGUUUCCAAGAAUGGACUUCAUGCCUUGACUGGUAAAGGCUACCUGGCUGGGAAGGAGGCACAGUGGCAUUUAGUGAAGAGGUUUCUAAGCCUGGCUCAUAAGUUCAGCCUGCCUGUGUUUCUGGCGGACAAGGCCUCUCUGAGCCUGCUCUCCCAGGACACUGUUCUGCUUAAGGACAGUCAGUUGAAAGAGCCCCACUGCACCUUCCUCUGCACCAACAGGGACUUCAUCACCUUCGGCCUGCUCGGAAACCUCUGGAAAUAUGAUGCCAGCUUGCUGGAGGCUGCGGAGGAGCGCGGCCUGGAGCUGCUGGAGAUUCGGGGAAAGGACCCCAGGCUUGUCAGCAUGGACGACCUGAUGGGCAGUGAGAUCCCUCUGCAUCUCCUUUUCCGUUUCAACAGCCGGCUAGUGCAUGUGGUCGUGCUGUAUGAGCGAAGCGGCAACUACCUGUGGCACGGACCCCUGCGACUCAAAGCCAGCAUGGACCGCACCUUCGCCCCCUUCAGGAAACUGGACUUCGGCCGCUAUGCAGGAGCGUACGACAGGCCUGAACUCAUCCUGACCACUUUAGAUGGCCUUGAUGUACGAAUUCCCAAAAACUUUUCACGCUUCCUGAAGGAAAAUUCCAACAGCCACUUUUUGGAAUGCAGAUAUCGAGAAGCUGCAGCCUUCUACCAGCUGUACCCAGAUGAUACAUCUCCAGAGGCGAUGGACUUCAGGAUGAAGGCCAAAAGUCUUCUCCACCUCGCUGCCCGAGUUCUCACUGACCUUCAGGUCCCAUUCUGGCUGAGCAGUGGCACUUGUCUUGGCUGGUUUCGCCAAUGUAACAUCAUUCCCUACAGUAAAGACGUGGACCUGGGCAUCUGGAUCAAAGAUUACAGACAUGACAUCACACAGGCCUUUCAGAAGGCUGGACUCCCUCUCAAACACAAGUUUGGAAAGAUAGAGGACAGUCUCGAGCUCUCUUUCCAGGGCCUGGAUGUAAAACUGGACAUCUUUUUCUUCUAUGAAGAUGGCGACAUUGUUUGGAAUGGAGGCACACAGGCAAAGAGUGGCAAGAAAUUCAAGUACGUAUUUCCCCGGUUCAGCUUGUGCUGGACAGAGCUGCUGGAGCUGAAGGUCAGAGUGCCCUGUGAAACCCUGGACUAUGUGAUGGCCAACUACGGGCCGGACUGGAACGUUCCUGUAAAAGCCUGGGACUGGAAGAGCUCUCCGCCAAACGUGCAGGAAAACGGGGUGUGGCCCAUCAAGGAGUGGGAUGAUGUCAUCCAAGUGUUCUGAAGCCUCACUGGAAUAAUAUAGUUAAUUUUUACAGUAGGCUGCUACGUUUACAGUCACACUCAGUUCUAAACUGUUGAAACUGUUUUAAUACACUACAGUGACACCACUACAGCAAAACUGGAUCUUUAAAGAACGUUCCACGCAUGUGAUCUACAAAUCAAACUGGUGUAAUAUUUCCCACAGAUUGUGUGUUAAAGCAGCAGGUCUCAAAUGAGGGGUUCUGGCACUAAGGAAUAUAUCUCAGUUUGCUUUGUCAGUUCAUUAAAUCUACUUUUGCCAUGCGUAAAAAAAAAUGAUAAAAGUGUUAAAACGCCAUACGGUGCCCACAAAAUUGACCCAUUUCUGGCAAGGCAAGGUCCUGGUCUGUCAAGUGAUAUUGGGAUGGGGGCACCUUAUAGCACGAGUACAGAUAUGACCCAUAUCCUUCAUUCCCCCUUAAGAAUAGCCAUACCACAGCACUGUCCAUUGUUAAAGGAGUACUCCACUGUUUUUCAACAUAAUCUUAAUCUGUUGGAUCUGUAGUAUAGGAUUACCAUGAACAAUAGUUUUGACAUGAAAAAGCGCUCACACCUAGGGGCAAUUUAGCAUGUCCAAUUGGCCUGACUGCAUGUCUUUGGACUGUGGGAGGAAACCGGAGAAGCCGGAGGAAACCCAUGCAGACACGGGGAGAACAUGCAAACCCUGGUCGCCCGGCCGGGGAAUCGAACCCAGGCCCUCCUUGCUGUGAGACAGCGCUACCCACCACGCCACCGUGCCGCCCCUAGCUACAAUUCCUCACUAGUAACUCUUGUGGUAACAGUGUCAGGCCUGAAACACUUUAUGCAAGGACACGAAUGCAAAUGACGGCGCUCGGCCAACACACUCCUUCUGUACAAACAUAAAUUUAUGUUGCUGUGGAGGUUAAAACACUCAGUACUGAAGGGGGCGAUAGAGUACAAAUCAGAGGGAUCUACUGUUAUUCCAAUAGCCUCAAAAGCUAAACGUGGACAGUAGAGGAGAUUGACCUGCUUUACUUCUUGUGUUGGAAUGGAAAUGCGAUAAUUAAAUCAUAUUUUUAUGCUGUCUUUGUGUGACAGAAGCACGCUGGCGGUACAAGACCGCUUGGUCAGUUUUGGCUGAAGUUACAGCGCCCCCCUACUGUAAUGCUCAGAAUGCAGCUCACACUUGCGUCGCUUUAUGAAAUGCCUCAUGACACAUUUUUGAAUGCAACUAUGUGUGAAACCCUGUCUGCGCAGCUCGAAGCAUCUGCGUCCAUGUCCUUGCGUCAAAUAUGUUUUGGGCCUUACUCUCUUGAAGGUUUUGGGGCAAUAGGUUAAAGGAAUUUGCCAGCACAGCACAAUAGAUGUAACAAGAGAUGUUGAAACUGCCAUUACAGUAUGUAACAGAAAAAACAAGCAUCUUCUCAACAAUCAAUCAAUCUCUCUCUCUCAUUCUCUCUCUUUCUCUUGUAAACAAAAACCUCGACUACUGUUUUCCAGCACGUUGAUUAUCACAUUUUAUGCAUCACAAUCAGGUCACUUGUAUUACUUGUAUUGCUUAUAUGGGAGUAAUGUUUGCUCUUACAUCUGAUUACAUCCCCUAUAUCUUU